UUCACCUGUGGGCAGGUUCAUGCCAGAGGAAGUGGCAGCAGCAGUCUUUCAGGUCUCCUGCCCCAAACUAUCCAGACAGGGACCAUUGAGUCAAACUGGGACAGAUGGAGGGUAUGCUGUGGUGGGCCUUGGUCUCCCAGAAGCCAACCUGGAGGGAAGGGAUCACGCUCUUCUGUGGUGGGAGUCUUUGCUGCCAUGGGCUUUGGGCUGCAGCUGGGCUGCCCUGAGGGUCACGCAGCCCUCCUGCAGCUGCAAGAAGCUGAGCUACGUCUCCUGGAGGGGCUGCGCAAGUGGAUGGGACAGCGGGCCAAGAGUGACCGGGAGUAUGCAGCUCUUCUCCAUCAGAUGCACAGCCUGGCCGGGAAGCAGGAGAGCGGUGGGAUGCUGGGUAGCAGCCAGGUCGGCCAGUGUUGGUGGUCGCUGGUGACUCUGACAGAGGCCCUGAGCCAAACCCUGCAGCGCCACGCAGAGGCUGUGCUCGCUGGGCCCUUCCACAGACUGAGCCUCCUCAUCCAGAACAAGCAACAGCUGCGCCGAACCUACAGCGAACAGUGGCAGCAAAUGAGCCAGGAUUUCACCCGGGCCACUCAGCAGGAGCCCGAGCGCCUGAGGGCCCAAUAUCGCACCCAGGUCCGGGAGAGCGUCCAGGCCAGGCGCAAAUAUCAGGAGGCCAGCAAAGAGAAGGACCGUGAGAAGGCCAAAGACAGGUAUGUCCGGAGCCUGUGGAAGCUCUAUUCCCUCCACAACCAAUACGUUCUGGCCCUGAAGGCGGCAGAGGUGCAGCAUUUCACCCACUACCAGCAGACCCUGCCAGAAAUGCUCCAGUCCUUGCAUGCCCUGCACCAGGAGAUGGCCCACCUCACAAAGGUGACCUUGCAGGAGUAUGCCAGCAUCACCAGCCUGGUGCAAGAGGAGAUGGUGACGGUGCACCAAGCCAUGGGCCGGGCCAUCGACCGCAUCCAGCCGGCCAUUGAAUACCAAGGAUUCCUCCCACCUUGCAGGUGCGGGAGCGAAUUCCCGGUUAUGGUGAGCUUUGAUGAGAGUCUGCUGGAGGAGGCUGAGGUGGAAGGCCUGAGAGCUGGGGAGUUGCAGCUGAACGAACUGACCCUGGAGAGCAUGCAGCACAGCCUGACUUCCCUGGAAGAAGAGCUGGCUAGUGCCACAGAGUGUGCCCGUGCCCACCACCAGCGUGCCCAGGCCCUGAGGGCUGAAAUUCAGAGCGAAGAGGCAUUGGGAAGCCAGGAGGAGCGGUUCCUCCUGCUGGACAGGCGCCAGGCCCUCCACGAAGCCCAGCACCUCCACCAGCUGGCACAGGGCACCCAAGCCAGGCUGCAGGCCCAGAGGGACUUGCUGAGGCAGAAGCUGGAUGCGCUGGGAGAGAGAGACCCCCCACCUGCUCCGGCCCUACAAGAUGAAAGCCAACCCCCUUCCUCUCCUCCAGAGGAGGCCGGACGUGAGGGGGGGCGGUUGCCGGCCUUGGAGAUCCUGAAGCACCACUUUGCGGGUAUCUUCCGCCCACGGCUCUUGCUGCCACCUCCCUUGCCCAUCCUGCCUGAGGCGCAGAAGCCCCUGAGCCAGCAAGCCUGGUACCAUGGUGCCAUCCCCCGGGCAGAGGUCCAGAACCUCCUGAGGGCCAGCGGGGACUUCUUGGUGCGAGAGAGCCAAGGCAAGCAGGAGUUUGUCCUCUCCGUGCUUUGGGACAGGCAGCCCAAGCACUUCAUCCUCCAGGCAGCUGAUAACAUGUACCGCCUGGAAGGGAACGAUUUCCCCAGCAUCCCUCUGCUGAUUGACCACUUCCUGAAGACCAAGCAGCCCAUCACCAAGAAGAGUGGCAUCAUCCUAGGCACGCCCGUUGUUAAGGACAAAUGGGUGCUGGAUCAUGAGGAUGUGCUGCUUGGAGAGCGCAUAGGGCAGGGCAACUUUGGAGAGGUGUUCAGUGGCCGCUUACGUUACGACAACACCCCAGUGGCCGUGAAAUCCUGCCGCGAAACUCUCCCUCUCGAGCUCAAAGCCAAGUUCCUGCAGGAGGCCAGGAUCCUCAAGCAGUACAGCCAUCCGAACAUUGUCCGCCUGAUUGGCAUCUGCACCCAGAAGCACCCCAUUUACAUCGUCAUGGAGCUCGUUCAGGGGGGGGACUUCUUGAGCCUCCUGCGGAAUGAGGGGGCUCACCUCACUUCCCGGGGCCUGCUGAGGAUGAUGGAGGACGCAGCUGCAGGGAUGGAGUACCUGGCAGGGAAGCGCUGCAUCCACCGCGACCUGGCAGCCCGGAACUGCCUGGUGACCGAGAAGUACAUGCUGAAGAUCAGUGACUUUGGGAUGUCGCGGGAGCAGGAAGAUGGCGUGUAUGCCUCCACCGGCGGCAUGAAGCAGAUCCCUGUGAAGUGGACAGCUCCAGAGGCACUCACUCAUGGACGGUACUCCUCCCAAAGUGACGUCUGGAGCUUUGGGAUCCUGCUCUGGGAAGCCUUCAGUCUUGGGGCCACGCCGUACCCCAACAUGAGCAACCAGCAAACCCGUGAGGCUGUGGAGAGAGGGCUCCGGCUGAGCGCGCCAGACCAGUGUCCGCAGGAGGUCUACCAGCUCAUGCUGCGCUGCUGGGAAUACGAGCCACGGAGCCGUCCCACCUUCAGUACCAUCCUCCAAGAGCUGGUGGCCCUCCAGGCCAGGCAGCAGCGGUGGUGACAGGCCCAGCGCCUGGGAGAAGAGGGGCUCUUUUGGGGACAGACUGCAUGGAAGGACUUUCAAGGAGCCCCAGCCGAAUCCUAUUGGGAGACCCACCUGCUUUGUCUCUUCUUCUGCCGUUCCUCCCUGGCAUCGCAAUGAAACGGUUUCAUUUACCUUCUAAAUACUGGCGUCGGAGGCUUUCCUGGCUGGCAUCCUAGGUUUCUGGGGGGUUUUCCGGGGGCUCUGUGGCCACCUUCCAGAAGAGUCUCUUCCUGACGUUUCGCCAGCAUCUGUCUCUGAAGAUGCCAGCCCCAGACAGAGGCUGCUGGCCAAAGGUCAGGAAGAAGCCCUUCUGGAAGGUGGGCACAGGGGGGGGGGCGAAAAGGCCUAGGUCCGGUUUACCUGGUGAUUCUAACUGUAGAAUGGAAGAAGGACGAUGGCAGACAAAAGAAAAGCAAGGAGCAAUCAAAGGAUCCCAACCAAGCAGCGUCUGCAGCCCUCCCUCCCUCCUCCCCAGAGGCCCAAAGAAG